AUGCAGUACGUAGGCAAGUUGGUCUCUACGGUAUACAACACCAUCACCCCGAACAUAAAUCCCGCCACCCUCUCUGGCGCAAUCGACGUAAUCGUUGUCGAACGAACGAUCACCACCACCGAACAAAUCCAAACCGAUCUCUCCGGUAAUCCGCUUUCCGCCUCCGAAGCUUCUCUCUUCCCACCCUCCCAACGUCGAUCCAAAACGGUUUCACGCACUAUCACCGAACUCGCAAGCACGCCUUUCCAUGUUCGCUUUGGCAAAAUGUCCGUUCUCCGUCCAGCAGAGCGCAAAGUCACUCUGCAUCUUAACAAUAGCGAGCAUCCGUUACCCUUUGCCAUGAAGGUCGGCCACUCGGGCGAGGCUUUUUUCGUCUUGCAAAUCGAUGACGACGAGGAGCGCCGACGUAUUCCGGAUGAACUGGUUACCUCUCCUAUUAUAAGUGCCGCCGGCAGUCCCAUUGUGGGCGAACAGGUGGGGGAAGAGGCGUUCGGCGACGAGGUGGAACCGUUGGUGUUAGGCGAAGCAGAAAGGCCCGACCAUGUACCGACGAACAUCGACCAAGAUAAUCCUGAAGACAUGGAUGCUAAUAGUAGCCACAACUUAAGCCGGGAUUUGAGUCUUCCUGACGACUCGACCAAGACCGGAUCGGGUGGUGCGGCGGGUUCGGAUUCGUUGUUGGAUAAGGUCGGAAGUGCGGCUUCGAAAGCGAGUGGAGUUAUUGGUGCUGCGGGGAGAGCAGUUAUCGGUGAUAGUGGUAAUCCGCGGUUGGAUAAGACUGCGGAGAAGGCGCAAAGGGAGGAUGGUACAGAGCAACCAACUGGUGCGCCUGUUGAUCAAGACCGCCAAGAUGCUCAUCAGUAUGAGCCGGAAGAGGCUGCCUCGAGGGGGAAGAAGCGACAGCAAGCCGCCCAAGAAGAUGCUGGUAAGAAGGAGCGCGGUACGCCGCCGAAUGAGACGCACAAUUUAGAGCAAGAGUUGAGGAAUAAAGCUUUUGCUGUUGUUCAAGGUGAAACUGACGCAGAAGCUCAAGCAGAGGGAGGGGGAGGGGGAGAUGAAGGGGGAGAUGAAGGGGAAGAAGCAUACCCAGCACCAUUCGGAGCAGGAAGUAGGAGUCUGAGUAGGAGCAAGACUCAAGCAGUUGAUUCCAUCCGUCAUUCUGAGUACCUCGCCGGAAAAAGAAUGAAGCCUGUCCCAAUUGCGGAUGAGGGAGGGAAAACGAUCGAUCCGGCCAUGACGGAUGCUUCUACUCACAUCUACCGCCAUAACCAACAUAAGCUCCUCCGACAAACCAACCCGGAUGAUGGGGAUGAUCAAGAUACCGCUAUCGACGACGAUGAUAAUGAUGAUGACGAUCCACCUCACCCCGACCUCCACAACCAGGUUGAAGCAGACCAAGACGUAGUGGGGGCAGUCAAAGUGAAACAUGGCAAACAAGACCUGCAAUACAUGCUCGACAUGGAUGGAUAUAAGAUGACUUCCGACGGUGAAGUCCUCGCAUAUCAAGAGGGACAUCGCUUCGCAGACGAGAUGCCACUGGCUAGGAGACAUGGCGGCAAGGGAAGACAUGGUCAUUCGGAUCGAUUGAAUGCGCCAGGGCAUCAGCAUAAGGUUAGUCUCCCGGGCUCUUCGACCACGGCGAUGAGGAGAGGGAGUGCGACUAAAACGCAUAGGCCUAGUUUUUCGGUGGAUUACAGAUCCCAGAGGUCGGGGGGAAGGGCGCAGAGUAGAGAGAGGCAAGGAGGGAGGAGGGAGAGUAUGGAUGAUACCGUAGCGGCCAAUUUGGUCAAGUUUAACUCUCAACAUGCUUCCCCCCGCUUGGGAUCGAUGCAAGGGCAGGGGCAGAGUGGCUGCCAUCAGGAUGAAUUGGAGUUGUCGCGGGAUUUGGCGAGAUUGGCGAGGAUGAAUAGAGCUUCGGGCGGGGUUGGAGAUGGUACUGAUGCGGAUCUGAGGCUCAGGGGAAGGAGACAGCCGAAAGCUCCACAAGAGAGUUUGAGGAGACAUGCAUCGUUGAACAAUCGUAAGCAACAGCAGGGUCCUGGUCGCUCGGGGAGUAGACAGCGUCGCAACAACCCUCACUCUCGGCACACCCACGAAUUCUCGCUGUCGGAUACGGAAGCUGAAGUGCCUAGAGCAAGAUCCAACUCUACGGAGAAUUCUGCUGACGAUGGAUCCUACUCGGUUUCCGAUGUCGUUUCGAGCUUGCGCGAGCUACGAAUGCCAAGCGAAGAAGUCCCACCCGCAUACCUCGGCGAUACUAGCACAGCACACCUGGGAUUAUCGAACAAUGGUAGAUGGCAAUGGGCCGAUCCUCGCGCGUCAGAUUCCACCUCGUCCACCCGCACUGGUCAACCUUCUGACCGUCGCCGAACGAGAUUUGCUAGUACCGAUGGAUACGAUCCCUUGUCUCGCCCCUUUGUUUCUUCUUCGAAUGCAACGGCGCUGGAAGCACUUCGAAGGCACACUGCCGGGGGUCAAGUAGCGGGCAAGCUGACGAGUUCAGAUUCCGAGCCGUACACUUUCCUCUUGCAGCUAGAGGAUUCAUCUCACUCUUUCGAGCUGAGUUUAUGCUAUUCCGAAGGGUUCGGACGGGAUGAAGAGGCGGAUGAGUACGUGUUCAGAGAGAACAGGGUUUCCUUUGAAAGGUUUGCCCAUGAUCAAGAUGUGGUGAAUGAUGAAAGGUUGGUGAUAAGGUAUCAUGAUCGAUUUUUGACUUGGGAAAAUGCAAGUGCUGUUCUAGCUACUCUUUCUUUGUACAGGAGAACACUUUCGGGUAGAGGGGAGGAUGGGGAGGAAGAAGCGGAAGAGGAGGUAAAUGUGGGUGGAAGCGGUAGUUAUUGGUCAAGAUGGUGGAAGGGAAGUAGUAAGAGUAUUCCUGAUCUCAAGGCCGCCGCCGACUCGCAAGCGGAAACUGUGUCACUCAACGAUAAGCCCAGUAUGGCCAACAAAGCCGUCGAAGCUCGCUUGGAAAGAUCCAGCACCGACUCUAUGCUUCUCGAUUCCCAAACGGAUCCCAACACCACCUCCUCCUCUUCAAAACCCCUUGGAAUCACUACCCCUACCGCCACCGCCACUGCCUCCGCCUCCGCUGCUGCACAACGCACCGGCAAAACAUACGCAAAAACGCUUCGUCUCACCUCGGACCAACUCAAAUCCCUGAACCUACGCAAAGGAGCCAACUCAAUCACCUUUUCGGUGACCUCCUCCUACUCCGGCGUCGCUACCUGUUCCGCUCGCAUUUUCCUCUGGGAAUCAUCCCACAAGAUCGUCGUAUCGGAUAUCGACGGAACCAUCACCAAAUCCGACGCCCUCGGUCACGUCUUUACCAUGAUAGGUCGCGAUUGGACACAUAUUGGAGUAGCAAAACUCUACACCGAUAUAGCUAGGAACGGAUACAGGAUUAUGUAUCUGACGUCUAGGGCUAUAGGUCAGGCGGAUAGCACCAGGGAUUACCUCAAGGGGAUCAGGCAGAAUGGAUAUCAGUUACCGGAUGGUCCGGUUAUCAUGAGUCCGGAUAGGUUGAUCGCCAGUUUGCAUAGGGAGGUGAUUUUGAGGAAACCGGAGGUGUUUAAGAUGGCCUGUUUGAGAGAUAUUGCGAGAUUGUUCAGGGCGGAUGCGAGAAGUGCGCUUAGUCAACCGGGGGGUGAUAUUACCAACAAGGUCCGGAGGGAAGCGAUGGAAAAAGUGGAAAAGGGGGCGGGAGUGCAAGAUGGUCCUGCUGCUGGAGCGACCACGGCCUCUGCCUCUGGUUCCGCCUCCGAAGAAGUCUUAGCUCCACUCUCGCUACCCUCUAAGCUGUCCAGUCCAACGUUGGCGUCUUUGCAGGUACAAGACGCAAGACGGGAGAAGAAAGAAGACCAUCCAACUCCCUUCUACGCCGGAUUUGGUAACCGAAUCACGGAUGCGCUUUCCUAUCGUUCUGUCAAUAUCCCUUCUUCUCGAAUUUUCACAAUUGACACCAACGGAGAGGUCAAGAUGGAGCUGUUGGAGUUGGCGGGUUAUAAAAGUAGUUAUAUUCAUAUGACUGAUUUGGUGGAUCAGAUGUUUCCGCCGAUAACGGCGAAGGAAGAAAAAGAACCAAGGAAACCGGAGUUUAACGAUUUCAACUAUUGGAGACCAGCGAUCGAUAUGGAUAUAGAGUUGCCACCGGAUGAGGAACUGUUGGGGACACCGCCGGUUAGUCCAGCUUUGAGUGCGAGGAGUGCAAGGAGCUUGAGAAGUGUUAGAAGCCUUACUUACGACACUUCUGCCGGUAUUGGUGGUGCGGAGACUGGAGAAGAGAAGGGCGGAGGAGGUGGGGGAGGCAGGCUGAGCAGGUUCGGUCUAGGAUCGCUAGGAUUGAGUAGAAAAGGUAUCCAGAGUUCCACCACGCUCACCUCAGCCAAAAUUGAAAGCGAAGAAGAACACAGUAGACGACUGCAACGUGCUACCUCAGCAGAACCUGCACUGGAAACCACGGAUACCCCUACUGACAUGCCUACUUCCACCUCCACCUCCUCCUGGACCGCUCCAUGGCGUCGCCGUGCAGCCUCACCACCCGCCUCAACCACCACCGCAGACGGAAGAGCAAUCAGUCCGCUAAUGGGCCCGGCGAUAACUGCCGAACCCGAAAGCGAAGACGAACAAUUCUACGAUUCAGAAGGAAUCGACGAUGACGAUGACGUCUCCUCCUUCGGCGCUGGCGUUGCAACAGGGGGUAGUAGGAGCAAUAGUUUUGCAAAUCCAGAUCACCAGUUUCUCUAUCGUGCCCAGGCCAACAAGAACAGCCUCCAGCAGAGGUUGAGCGAGGACGAGAGUUUUGCCGAAGACGAGGACGGGGAGGAGGAGGAGGAGGAGGAGGAGGUGGAGGAGGAGAUGGAAGAUCCGCUGCUGGAGACGGGGGAGAUUCGGUUCGAGUGGAAAGGGUGA